ACUUCUGGUUUAUCAUUCCCAAGAGUACUUACCUGCUACCUGUCAAAAUACUAUCAACCAAAAAGCGCGAUUUCAGUUCCCACUUCCCUCCAAUAAAUCAAAAGCUUCCUCAAUACCGCGUUUCCCUCCAUUUCGAUUCUUCUCAAUAUCGCUGUUAUCUCUGUUUCUCUCAACGCCUACGAUGCAUUCGCAUUAAGAAAACCAUUUAAGAACCAUUGCGUGAUCCUAACCCAUGGACGGUGAUAAUGACCCUUCAACACUUGCAUGGCUUUGGGGCAUUGAAGCCCUAGCAUCCUUCAAACAAAUCCCCACUUCCACUUUACAACUUUUGUUUGAUGCAGCACCUGUGGAGCUUGAUGAUUUUAGUGAAACGACAAGGGAAUUGGUUGCUAUAAAGUGUUUGGAGGAACUGUUUGGUUAUGCUGGUGAGGUUGACCCUUCUACCUUGGAUUCCAGAGUUGGAUUUGAUUUUUCGCGAAGUUGUGAAGAUGUACUCGAAGAAAUAUUGCGCGAGAUAACACCAUCAAAUCUGGAUGUGGCUGCGGCGGAGCUGUUGAAAUGGGAUAUUUACCCAUUUAUCGAGCACAAAAGAGCUGGGAUUAAAUGCUACUUAGAGCAGCUGAAAGAAUCAAUCUUGGAAGGUACUCAUCCACAUACUGAUGAGUUGAGGGAAAGGAGUGGAUUAUUCCCUCAGAAUAGCAGUUAUAUAGUGCAUGUAAAUGAGGUUGAAUGCGAUGCUCAGUCUGAAAAGGAUGAUGGGAACUCCACUGAUAGCGAAAACAUGGGAGAAAAAGAGAACUUGGUGUCCUUAAUUCUACAGAAUGGGAGUAAGUCUUCAAAAGAACACUUAAUUGAUGAUUCCUUAAUUCUAGAGAAUGGGAGCAAGUCUUCAAAAGAACACUUAAGUGAUGAUAAGACGAAUGGGGUUUACUCAGCUGAUGAUCAUCUUAUGGGACACAAUGAAAAGCGAGUUUGUAUGGAUGAAUGUGAUGAUCUCUUAAGAACUUCGAAGAGGAUUAAAUGUAAUGGAUGUACAAGUUUUGAGUCUCAGAAAGAAAAGCCAGUUUCUCAACUUGAAUAUGAGGUGUCAGAAACUUCAACUGAAAGAAUUGUUCAAAUUUCUGAGACAGUAGGGCAUCACACAGAAAAGAACAACAAUGUUACUCUGGCUACUGGAUCCUUAGAGGAAAGUCACAAUACGUGCUCUGCUUCAAAUUUACGCCAAUCCAGCUGUCACAAUGAAAUGUUUCGUGAUGAAUCAAAUAUUCCCUUUAAUACUACUUUGAUGGCCCAGCAUACAUUUGGAGGUGAAAAUUCCCAGCAACAGCUGGUUGAGAUAAUUCCUACAAAUGUUGAACUUUCAGAUGGAAUUCAGGAUGAGGUUUCUGGAAGCAAACCCUGCCAUAAACAUGAAACUGAUUCACAACUCGAAGAUCUAAAUGGCUCUCAGCAGACAGUUGCUACUGUUAAGGCUCCGGAGAAUACUUGUAAUAGUUGUGAGGUAACGGUAACAGGUGAUAUGAUUGUGUAUCAAGCUGGAAAGAUUAAUCUCUCGAUGAAAAAGCAUGAAGAGCAAAAUCUUAACAUGAAGUGUAAUGAUGGCAGUCGAUUACUGGUCUGUGAUGCGACUACUGUUCCACCAGUUUUUCCUGAAAUUUGUCUUGAUAUGACAACCACUUUAAUGUCUCCAAAUACAGCUGGAGCUGAGCCUUGUGGAAAUAAAUUUAUGCAUGAAGCCACUGAUACUCAUCAUGUUGAGCCUCUUCCUACAAAUGAUAAUAAUACAGAUAAAAUUGAGCAUUUGAUUAAUGAAUUCCCACCCAAUCAGAAGGAACCGAAUGUUGCAUCUUUAAAUUUCUCUCAUAAGCCAGUUGCUGGUGAUAAACCUGUAGUUGAUACUGUUAAUGAUUGUGGAGAAGAGUUAUCGAGUGGCAGUGAUGGAUAUCACAAUGAAAGAAAUGAUAUUGCAGCCAAAAAGCAUGAAUUUUUGAGCUCCCACUUCCCAUUUGAUCAAGAUUUCUCAGCAAUGGCCAAAUCAACUGAACUAAAUCGCUGCAUGAAGUGUAAUGAAGGUGGCCAAUUAUUGGCUUGUAAAACAACUACUUGCUCAUUGAUGGUGCAUAAAAGCUGUGUUGGUGCGUCUGCUCAGUUGGAUGCAAAGGGAAACUUUAUUUGCUCCUUUUGUGAAUAUUCUCGCACUAUUUCAGAAUAUCUUGAAGCUAAGAAAGAAGCCUCCAUGGCAAGGAAAGAGUUAUCUAUCUUCAUUAGUAAGGGUAUAAAGACCCAAGCUGCAGAACUUGUUCAUGAAUUUUGUAGACAAGACCAUAGUCUGUCAGAAAAGAGUAGCAGCAAGUGUGAAAAUAUUCAUGUCCAAAAGAAUGGAGAUGAUCGGUUAAAUGGGUGUGAAGACAAUAGAGAAGUUCAUUUUGGUGAGCAUGCAAAUGAAACCAAUAGUCUUCAAUUUGAAAGAAGUCAGCAACAAGCCCCCAUAUCAUGUGUCCACUCAUCAUUCAAAGAAAAGGAAUACAUAAUUAAUAAAUUAGGAGAGGUUUCAAGAGAAGAGGAAAUAGGUGAAAUGCCAAAUGCUAUGAUCUUAACCGGUGGAAUAGUUGAAGAAAUGGAAGUGCCAAAUGACUCUGUAGAUGGACACGAUGAUGAUAAAUUUACUAGUGGAAAAACAAGCAUUGUCUAUGCUAAUCAAAGCUAUGCUCAAGAAGUUCCAAAAGAAAUGACCUUACAUGAUAUGAAAGAAACAUUAGAGCCAGUUUGUGCACAUGAUUCUGGGAAAGGGGAAAUUUCUGAAGAUGAAUCUGAAAAGCAUAUUGCUUCUAGAUACUCUAUGCGAAUGCGUAAGCAUGAAACACAAGACAAAUCCCAAGCAAGCCCUCCGUCAAGACGAAAGAUAAUUCCAUGGACAGUUGAGGAGGAAGAGCUGAUUAUGGAGGGACUUCAGAAGUUUGGCUGUAAUGAGUCCAAGAUCCCAUGGAAAAAAAUUUUGGCAUUUGGUGCUCAUGUGUUUGAGAAGGAUAAUAAGUGUCGUACACCACAAGACUUGAAGGAUAAAUGGAAGAACAUGUGCAAAUCUCAGUCGAAAUCUAAAUGAAAGGCUUCAUUUUAAGUGAUACUUGUAAUGUCAUGCAUUUCUUUUUCUUUUUCCUCCAGAAAUAUUUGGCAAAUAGUAUUUUGUAUUGUCCAGCUAGUCUCCUAUUAUGGCGUCACCUUUACCCUUACUAGAACGUUUCAAGAUUUUGUCCCAAGAGAAUCAUGGAAGUGAAGUUUAACAUGCCUUUUAAAUAGUAUAGUUUAUUAGCUGUGACCUUUUGCUUGGUGUAAAUUUUCAUAGAAGUGGUCGCUUUUGUAAGCUCGUUUGAUAACGGCCAUAACAGUGAAAUCUUGAUCACAUCUCUCUUAAUGUUUUAGACUGAUGUUUCAUGUUAAUUAUCUUCUCC